AUGGCUAAAGUAUCGCUAUCUAAGGACUUUGUUUCCGAUUCAGAAUCUGACUCUUCUGAAGACGAAAAUAUCAAUUUGGACUUUGUUCCACCAUCCGAUUACAAGAAGGUUUCCCAUUUGAAGAAGUUUAAGACGGCAAAGGGCGAUAAUGAAGAGGUCUGGCUCUUGAAUUUUCCCAGCAAUGUGGAUCUUUCCAGUUUAAAAACUCUGUCCGUUCCGGAAUCGACAAAUGAUGAAGCUAUAAUAAAACUUAAUAAGAAGAAGUACUCUGUUUCUAGAGCAAAAAAUAGCGAUGAGUUCAGUAAUUUGCAACUGUUAAUACCUACAGAGGACAGAGAAUCAUUAUCCAUUAGCCCCAACUUUAAAAAAUUCGAUAAAGUUUUCACGAUUAGUGAAAAUACUUCCAUACCGGAUAUCAAGUUAGAGGAAGUUAAGGUGCCUCGUAAGGAUGUUCCCAAAGUGGAAGGUUUAAUAUUGAGACAUUUCGCUACUGGUUAUGACGCCGAAGAUUUUGAUGUAAAGGAGAGUGAAUCAGCUAAAAGUGAGAAGAAACCAUCCAAGAAACGUCAUCAUAAGGAUGAAGAUGGUGAAAAUAAAAAGAAGAAGAAGAAGGAUAAGAAAAAGAAGGAAAAGAAAUAA